AGGCCUGUUGGAUAGUCAUCAGCUCCUACUUCGACGAGAAGGGUCUCGUGAGACAACAACUCGACUCUUUCGAUGAGUUCAUUCAGAUGUCGGUCCAGAGGAUAGUCGAGGACUCGUCGGCCAUCGAGCUGCAGGCGGAGGCACAGCACGCGUCGGGAGAGGUGGAGAACCCGCACCGGUAUGUCCUGAAGUUUGAACAAAUCUAUUUGUCUAAACCGACGCAUUGGGAGAAAGACGGUGCGCCCACUCCUAUGAUGCCAAACGAGGCCCGACUCCGAAACCUGACGUAUUCGGCGCCUCUUUAUGUGGAUAUCACCAAAACAAUCAUCAAAGACGGCGACGAACCCAUCGAAACCCAACACCAGAAGACAUUUAUCGGCAAAAUCCCAAUUAUGUUGCGAUCGACUUAUUGUCUGUUGAGUGGACUCACGGAC